AUGGAUAUUGGCUUGCCUGAUCCUGAUGAAAUAUAUAAAUAUGAAUCAGUUUUAUCUCAAUUUAUUAUUCAAACCAACGAAGGAAAGGUCACUGAUGAAUUACUGCAUCAGCUACAUUCUAACAGACACUAUUUAAUGCAUUUUCCGAAAGAUCGUAUUCAAGUUGUCCUUGAAAGUAAUUUUAUUAAGGCUUUAUUCUCAUACGACAAAGAUUAUGAGCAUAUCAACAUUAUAUUAGAUAUAAUUGCAUCAUUGAUAUAUGACCAAUCCCUAUAUUUUCCGUCGUUAAUUGAAAAUGGAUUAAUAAAUUUGUUUACACAGAGCCCAUCAUGGAUUGAAUACUUCGUAACCACUGGAAAACAACUACAGACUAUAUCUAUUUUGACAAUUGCUAAGUUAAUUACUAUUUCAUUCGUAGAUUACGUUGACCAAAUCAUUUCUCAUCCAAAGUUCAUGAAUUUACUUUUAAUUCUCAUGAAAAAGCCACAGCAACCAUUCGAUUGGGAAAUACAGAAAUAUAUACUCAGUAUUGAGACUUAUUAUCACAUAAUUUUACAUGAACCAUCAUAUAUCAACAAAUACUACCGAAUAUUGUAUCCAAGCCUUGAAUAUUCGUUCAAUUCUACAAUCGAUAAAGUAAAAGAAACAACGCCUCUAAUUAUUCAAUUAUUGAAGCGAUUUUUUGUUGAAGCUGACUUCAUCGAGUGUAUUGGCAUCGAUACAAAUAAAUUGACGUUUAUUUUGUCAGUAAUUACUAAUGGAAAUGACAAAGAAAAAAAUUCAAUUCUUGAUCUUUUAAUUGAGAUGUCUUCAUGGCCACAGAUAUCAUCCCUUUUACUUAAAUUAGAUUUCAUCAACUUUUGUAUUGAUUUUUCUCAUAACAACCAAGAAUUUUCAAAUUUAUUAAUUGAUGUUGUUUCAAACAUGAUGAGUCAUCCAGAUUUGAUCGACCACAUACUUAACAUUGAUGGUUUUGUUGAUUAUCUUGUUGAUUCAGUUCUUAAUGGAAGUAUUAAAGUUUCAAUGUCUUGUUGUUUAUGUAUUUCAUGGAUUAUAUACUUCAAAGAUCUCGAUUAUAUAGAUAAAGUUGUGAGUGACGACGUUUUCGAGACACUUUCUGAUUAUUUGACAGAAAACUCAGAAAAAUACGUUAAAAUAAUGCUCGCAGCACUUGAACGCGUCCUCAAUAAAGAAUCUAUGGGUGGAAGGAAACGAUUUCAUCAAUUACUUUCCGAUGAAACAGUUUACGACCAAAUUCACUCAUAUUUUGAUUCUCCUGAUGAAGAAUUAUCAUUCACGGCAUCAAACAUUUUGAAAAUGCUCGAUGCACAAUAA